AUAUCGGCAGCGUUUCGGAGACUUCAGGAUCUUUUACCCCUUCAACUUGUGCUGUCGGGAUGACUACUGUGCAUCUUCCUCACUUCAGAUCCAGGAAAACCACACUUUUGACCCGUCACCUCCUUCUCCUUCUUCUGCUGCUGCUCAUUGGGUCCGGAGGGGCUCUGGGUGGCGCUGGAGGCAGGAGAAGAGCCGAGGGGAGGACGAGGACCGGCUCCAGGGGUGGGAGCAGGUCUAGCGGACACCGACGGGCCCACACCGGAGCCGGCAAAGAAACAGGACUCGAGGACGUGGACGCUUUUAGAUCGGCAGCCGGAGAAGGAGUUGGAGGAGGGGAGGCCAGAGCCUGGGCUGAAACCGACACUGCGGCCGAUACCGUGGGUGGAUCUAUGACCGCAGUCGGUGGAGGACUGUGGGAGCCCCCCAGCUCCUCUCGCUGCGUCCCCAUCCCCCCCAGCAUGGCCCUGUGCCGGGGCAUCGGCUAUGACACCAUGCGGACGCCCAACCUGCUGGCCCACGAGUCCCCCGGUGAGGCCGUGCAGCAGAGCGCCAGCUGGUUGCCCCUGCUUGCGCGGGAGUGCCACUCCGACGCCCGCUUCUUCCUCUGCUCUCUCUUCGCACCCAUUUGCCUCGACAGGUUUGUAUUCCCCUGCCGAAGUUUGUGCGAGUCUGUGCGGGACAGCUGCGCACCGAUCAUGGCCUGCUACGGUUACCCCUGGCCGAGUAUUCUGCGCUGUGACCAAUUUCCUGCAGACCACCUCAUGUGCAUCUCAUCCAUCACAAACACCAGUGUUGAAGCUGGGGGACGCAGAGUCCCUCAGGCAAGCUGUCGGGAUUGUGAGCUGGAAGUGGCUUCUUCUGCUAAGGAUACCUUGGACACAUUUUGCAGGAAUGACUUUGUGGUUAAACUGCGUUUGAUACGGCUCAAGUUCAGCGCCACAAGUUUGGCCCAGUUCUCCCUGGGCUCAAAGCUGGAGGUUCUGAAGCACGGACCCCUGAUGGGCGGACAGAUCCGCUCCCGCAUCCAACAGUGGCUGGAGAGAGACGCCACGUGCGUCGGGAACAUGUCGCGGCACCAGUCUGGCGGGGGCACCUUCCUGGUGACGGGGACGGUGCACGGGGAACGCUUGGUGGUCACCAAGGCGUUCGCCUGGCUGAAACGCCACAAGAACCUAGUGGCCGCCGUGCGCAAAUGGAAACGUCACCAGUGCAAGAGCUAAGUGGUGUGUUUAAGCUACAGAAGAUAGGGUGAGGAACAGCGGACACCCCCAGGACCUGUAAAUAGGUACGGUCAAAGAUAUCUUGUGGUCAGCUCCAACCACAUCACCACGACGUCACCUCUUUUUUCUGAUCUUAUUAAGCGACGUCAAAAUGUACAAGAUGAAGUCAGUCUGAGACAGGGGGUCUUAGAUAUUUCAAAUAUUGGGUGGGAGCUCAUUCAGUGAAUGAGAAAAUUCCAAAGGUUUGCUGAAAAUGUAUGUAUGUGUAUAUAUAUACAUAUAUAAAACAUGUUAAUAUAUAUUAUAGGCCAUUGACGUAUUUUGUAAUGUUAACCUAAAUUGUUCAUUCAUUCAAACGAUGUUCUAUGAUCUACGUAUGAUUUAUUUGAUAUUCGACGGUGAGUAUAUGUUGUAUGUUAUGUUGUGGGUAAGAUGUGGAGACAUUCUAGAAUAAACCAGUAUUUACAAUGUCCUUACCAAA